AUGGAGAGGGGAGACCAGAGCGAGGAUGAAGGUGUAAUUGGACAGCAGGACUCUGACUCGGCUUGGAGGGAGCUGGCCAGAGGUGUGACUGCCCCAGCCAUUUACUGGCUCUAUGGAUCUCAAUAUCCUUCAAAGUCCCAGGUGCUCAGGGAAGAGGCAGAUGCACUACGUGGACAUCUGAACAAGCUGAAAACAGGGUUGGCCAUGGGGGAUCAAGACACACGCCAGCAAGACAAGCUGGACAGGAAGAGGUUUUUGGAGGCGUUUCCUCGGGUAAAAUGGGAGCUGGAGGAGCUCAUAGGAAAGCUCCACGCUCUCGCAGACAAGGUUGACAAGCUGCAGAGGAAGCGUACUGUUUUGUGUAUGGCGGCCAGCUCUGCUGCUCUGACUGGCACCCUGGCCACCUGUGGCCUGACUUUGGCACCCAUGACAGCCGGGCUCAGUCUGACAUUCGUGAGCGCUAUGUUAGCACUGGGAGCAACAGUUCUUGUGACCAGUGGGUCCACCAGCAUCAUGGAACAUAGAAGCACGUCGGCAGCUGAAACCACAGCUGGUCACCUUGUGUCAACUGGCAUCAACGAAGAGGAGGGUUUUACUGAGGCUCUACAUAAGAACACACCCCAGAUUGUCUCUCCUAAAAGGAAAUUCACCCGAGCUGAGAAAGACACUGGGAAAAACGUCCAUGCCAUCAAGCCGGUCAAAGCCAACCCUCGCUUAACAGCACGUGCUAAAAGCUUCAUGACCACUGGGCAAGUCUUGGUUCAAGGUGACGAAGAGGUGAGGGGAGCUUUUGGAGGCACGGCUCUGGCAGUGACCAAAGGAGCCCGGAUCAUGGGUGCGGCCGCAGCAGGUGUCUUCCUUCUGAUGGACGUGGCCUCCCUGUUGAAAGAGGCAAAGCAGUUGCUGGAUGGGGCAAAGACAGUGUCUGCUGAAAGGCUGAGGCUGCAGACCCAGGAGCUGGAGAAGAAGUUGGAGGAGCUCACCCGGAUGUGUGAGAUUCUGCAGGAGGGUCCUACCCACCACUGCCAGAGCAUUGCAGUGUCCAGGGACACGUGA